GAGGGAGGAACUGACAGAGGGGGCGAGGUUGUCAGUGAAAAGGGAAAUGAAGGAGUAAGCAGGAUUGUGCCUGCAAUACAGAUCCACUCUGCUGACUUUCAAAGAACAAAGCCAUGGGUGGACACAAACUGCAGCAGAGAACCAGGAGCCAGUGAGAAAACAACAACCUUAUCUUUCCCAUCUAUAAACGGAAACCACUGGAUAAUUUAAAAGCCUCUCCCUCCUGCUCUGUGUGUGUGUGUGUGUGAGGCAGAGGGGGGAUUUGCUGAGCUCACCACCACCAUGCUGCGUCCUGCUGCUGUCAGUGCAGCUGUGAGUGUGUGUGUGUGUUUGCUGCUGGGCCUGUCUCUGGCAGAUGAGGACUCCUCGGAGCCGAGCCUCUGCAGCGGCUGCUUCCACAGACGGACGCCUCCUCAGGGGGGGUCCUUGGGGCUGCGCUCGCUCUGCCACAGCCUCCCCGGGGGACAGGCGUUCGCCUCGCUGUCCAAACCGUCCUGUGACACAGCUGUCUGCACGGCCUUCACUCUCAGCAUCGCAGGGACGGAGGAGGGGGGAGGGCAUGUUGAUGUGACAGAGGAAGACAACAAAGUAGCGGUACCAGCCCUUCUCAGAGGAGGGGAUACAUCUCACCCUGUCUCACCCACAGACUCCCCCCUUCAGCUCUGGGACGCCACAGUCACAACACUGGUCCGGUCCACCAUCUCUCCCAAAUGCAGCUCUUUAGGCGGAGAUCUCUACAUCCUGACGGGGGUGGGGGGUCUCGGGGCGGCUGAGGAUGGAGACGAGGAGUGUCAGAUGAAGCCUCUGUGGUCUGCAGUGUGCUGCGCCGUCCCGGAGGGGAAGAGGGGCUUCAGUUUGGGGUUAAUCACAGAGACAGGGGAAGGGGAGAGGCAAAUGAGCGUUAAAGAGCUGGAGGAGAUGCUAGGAGUGGCAGAGCUGUUCGCAGAGGGAUGUGGAGGAGCAGCUGGGGAGAUUGUUGACAUCAAAGAGGGUCUUCACAGUGAGGGGCUCCCUGGAAACCUAGAAAUAUUGGAUGCAAAUCUUACUGAUGAAAACAAAGGAGACAAAGAUGCAGAAUCAAACCCUGCAGGUGGAGGCGCUGAUGGAGAGGAGGUUAGUUCAGGUUCAAAGAAAGGAGAAGAGGCUGGUUCAGAAGGUAGUGUUGAAGAGCAGAGCGAUGUGACUCAAUCACGAUCUGUCAGAUCAGAGUCUCCUGAGUCCUCAGCCGACUAUGGGGCUGUGGAAGAACAAGAAACAGACACUAACUCCAGCUCCAUGUUGGUCUACGUCCUCUCCACCACCUUGUCCAUCCUCAAAGCUCCGCUGCGACCGGUGUUCUCCAGAGUCACAGAUUUCCCUGGACAGGUGACAUACGUUCUUCAGGAAGACCUCGGGGUUCUGUCUGCCCUGCCUAGAGAAACCUACUCUCUAUUCCACCUCCUGACCUCGGACUUCUUGUCCUGUAUGGGCUCAGCUGGAGAUACAAUCCUCGAUAUCGGUGAAAACUGCUUCUCCAACACCUACUACGUGUCCUCCUCCAUGCUGGGGGCUUUAGUGGACAGCUGCUACACGGGGGUCACCGGCGUGGGGACCCUUGCUGGAGACACUGUGGGGAUAUGUGGGGAAGCGUUGGAUAAUACUUGGUGGGUGACCAAGUUCUUCGGGGGGCGGCUGUGGGAGCAGAGCGAGGGCUACGUGGGGACGGUGGUGUCAGAGAUGGGGGGUCAGGCCACCGCUUUAGGUGGAGGGUUUGGGAGGCUGGUGUGGAGAAGUGGAAGUGCGGUGUUUAAUGUCUUUAGAACGGGAGGGGGUUUAGUGUUUGGAGUGGUGGAUGUACUCAUUGGUGGGAUGAGAAUGGCUUUGGGGAAUGAGUCAGAGUAGAAAGUCCACAUGAAGCCAUUAAACGUUUCAAUUUAUUUCUCAAUUUGUGAAUUUCUUUAAAGAGUAUGAAAAAAGGGGGUACUGUUUCACUUUGAUGUAAUUUAAUAAUAAUUAAAUAAUAAAUAUAAAUUGUAUUCAAGGCGGCUUUCAUGACACCCAAGGACAUUUGUUAAAUAUUCUAAGAGGUAAAAGCAUGAGAACAAGAUAAAAACACAAACAUACCAUCAUGGAGAAGACAAUUAAAGUGGACACAAAUGAUAGGGUCAGGUUAUUCAGGGGAAACAGAUGACAGAGUUGGCUGAUCUGAGAUCAUUUGAUACUGUAUGCCUUAGCUGUUUUAGAAGGAUAGCCAUAUGUUUUUGAGUCGAAUUUAGUGGUAUUUACACUGUAGGUCUUACACUUCACUGUGGCUGGCUGUCCAAUACAUCUGCUGCUGCGACAAGCAACCCCACUGUGAUUUAAAAACCACUGUGCACAAGGCUUUUGGAUGUAGAUAUAUUCAAAACUAUUCCUGUAUGAUAGUUGUUAUGGUUAAUGUUUGCUUACAUGUACAUUUUAAUAAAAGAGAAUGCUGGCUUAUCGCA